AUUGAAAAUUUCGUCGCACCCAUUCACAAUCACAACAUCUCAUGCGCCAACCUACGUGAGAUCUCCAAAUCAGACAAAAUGACGAAAAUAGACUUCUUACUACAUGAGUCGGCCGUCGGCUAUGCCAUCUUUAAGGUGGUUCACCAACAGGAUACUGUUGGUUUACACCUGAAGGAAGUGCAGAAAGCUGGCCAGGACCUCUCCAAGUUCGGAAAGAUGGUGCAAUUGGUCAACUUUGCGCCUUGGAGGAGCGCCGCCGACGCCCUUGAGAACAUCAACCUGAUCUCAGAGGGUAUCCUUCCCGAUUACCUCAAGUCCAACCUCGAACUAAACCUCCCGCAAUCAAAGAAGAGCAAGAUCGUUCUUGGUGUCGCUGAUAAGAACUUGGCUGGUUCCAUUAAGGCCGAAUUCCCUGGCGUCGAAUGCGAAACUGGUGAUACAUCCGAAGUUGCUGCCGACCUACUACGAGGUAUCCGUCUUCACGCGUCCAAACUCCUCAAGGGUCUACAGGAAGGAGAUGUGGAGAGGGCUCAGCUUGGUCUUGGUCACGCCUACUCGCGCGGAAAGGUCAAGUUCAAUGUCCACAAGAACGAUAACCACAUCAUCAGAGCAAUCGCAACUUUAGAUAACCUCGACAAGGGUAUCAACCUAUUCUCACAGAAGGUUCGCGAGUGGUAUGGAUGGCAUUUCCCCGAGCUCUACGCCAUCGCGUCCGACAACCUUACCUACGCCCGCUUGGCACUCUACAUUGGCGACAAGUCUACUCUAUCCGACGAGAAGCUUCACGAGGUUGCCGCCCUGGUCAACGACGAUGAAGAGAAGGCACACGAGAUCAUUGCCAAGGCUAAGAUUUCUAUGGGACGAGAAUUAUCGGAUGUCGACAUGAGCAACAUCUCCACAUUUGCCAGCAAAGUUGUUAAACUCGUCGAGUACCGAAGAACGCUAUACAGCUAUUUGGUUGACAAGAUGAGCACGGUUGCUCCCAACUUAGCCGCGCUUAUUGGCGAAGUUGUUGCUGCUCGUCUAAUCCAAAAAGCUGGUUCCUUGACCAACUUGUCCAAGUACCCCGCCUCCACACUCCAGAUUCUAGGUGCUGAGAAGGCCCUCUUUCGUGCUCUAAAGACUAAGGGUAACACACCGAAAUUCGGUCUGAUCUACCACAGCACAUUCAUCGGCCGUGCAAGUCAAAAAGACAAGGGCCGUAUCUCGCGAUACCUUGCGAACAAGUGCAGUAUUGCCAGCCGAAUCGACAACUUCGCUGAGCAACCGUCGAAGAAGUUUGGUGAUGCGUUAAGGCAACAGGUUGAGGACCGAUUAGAGUUUUAUGCAACUGGAAAGAAGCCAACCAAGAAUGUUGAUGCCAUGAACCAAGCAAUGGCCGAUAUCCUCGCUGAUGGCCAGAGCAUGGCCAUUGACACUGAGAUGAUCGAUGCCCCCCUACCACAAGGUGCUGCCGCCACACCCAAGAAGGAGAAGAAGUCCAAGGACAAGAAGGAAAAGAAAGAGAAGAAGGAAGAAAAGAAGAAGCGAAAGCACAGCGACGUAAACGGCACAGUCGAAGCAGAAGUCAACGGGGAGAAGAAGAAAAAGAAGAAGAAGCAUGCGGAAUAAAUAACCUUGGCACGUCUUUUUCAUUUGAUUCCGGGGGAUGUGGUGGAUGACUUCGACGUUGGACCGGGCAUGGGCUAGGCGUUUCGGCAAUAUCUUCAGGUGUUCAAUCUGCUUUUUUAUUUUCUUCUUUCCGGAGGUGUGGCUGUGUAAAAUGAAUGGUAGGAAUCAUACCCGUCCCAUAUAUUCCCAAAUAGCUGGCUUUAACGAAAGCUCCGUGGAUGAAAAUCAAUAUAAGACGAAGGGAAUGCGAAAUGUUUUCACCCCGUUUAAA